AUGUCACGCAUCAUUUGGCUCAAGUUCAAGGACAUCUGCAAUAAUAAACAAACAAAAUAUAUCGGGACACUGGACGUACCCAGGCCCAGCAGUCGGGUGGAGAUCGUGGCGGCCAUGAGGAGGAUUAGGUAUGAGUUCAAGGCCAAAGCUAUCAAGAAGAAAAAAGUCAUCCUGACCGUGUCAGUUGAAGGGGUCAAGGUUACUCUUCGUAAGAAAAAGAAAUCCAACUGGUCACUAGAGGAAAGCCGGCUACUGGUGAUGCACCACCCCAUUUAUAGAAUUUUCUAUGUUUCACACGACUCCCAAGACCUAAAGAUCUGGAGCUACAUAGCACGUGACGGCCCCACUAAUGUCUUCAAGUGUAACGUCUUUAAAGCUUACAAGAAG